UAGAAUUCAGGAAUAAAAUGAGGCAUCGAAACCGCAAAGUAACGUGCAGUUAACGAUAUUCACUUUAUUUAUGGUAAUCGUGACCACAUAAUCACAUAAUCUUCUUUUGACAUGAGGUUAUCGAAUUUCAUCAUAAAUGCGUACAAACACCUGACAGUAGGUGGCAACCUGCCGGUCUGCUCUGCCAGUUUGAGAAAAAUGGCGACCGAGGUGGAGAAGGCACAGUCUGCUGCGCCAGAAGGUGAUACGAUAUUUGGAAAGAUAUUACGUAAAGAAAUUCCAUGCAAUUUUAUUUACGAGGACAGCCAGUGUGUCGCAUUUGACGAUAUAAAUGCUCAAGCACCAGUACACUUUCUGGUAAUUCCACGAAAGCCAAUUUUGCAACUUUCCAAAGCUCAAGAUGAGGAUGAACCUUUGCUUGGUCACCUGAUGAAUGUCGCUCAUAAAGUUGCAAAGCAAAAGGGUUUGACAAAUGGGUUCCGUUUAGUCAUCAACGAUGGAAAGCAUGGUGCACAGUCAGUGUAUCAUCUGCAUCUGCAUGUUCUUGGUGGUCGGCAGUUGCAAUGGCCACCUGGCUAAUGUAUUUAUACAUUUAAACGUAUAAACGUAAUUUUCAUUAUGAAAUCUUUAUUUUCUGUGAAAAAGGUGUUAAAAAUAUAUAUGAUUCAGGAACACAUUGUACAAAAAGUAUCAUCAGUAAUAUAAUUUAUAUAUCAAAAUUA